CCACCAAAUCACAAACCAAAAAAAAAAAAAAAAAUGGGUUCAAAAAUCAUCAUCAGCAAUCCAACGCUCCAAAUUCACUCAAAUGCCAAUCAAUUUCCCAAAACACAUUUCCCCCAAAAUAUCUCCAACAUGUCCCAGCUCAGCAAAUCAAGAAUCCCAACCCGAAACUCAUCAGGAGCCCCGAGGGCCCACUCCGCGGCCCAAAUCUCUGCCUUGUACGCUCCGGCCCAAACCAAGGAAACACUGUAUGAACUGCUGGGAAUUGCAGAGAACGUGAGCAGCUUUUCCGACAUAAAAAAAGCGUACAAACAUAUGGCUAGAAAGUACCAUCCCGACGUUUCUCCACCGGACCGAGUGGACGAGUAUACGAGGAGGUUUAUCAUGGUACAUGAGGCCUACGAAACCUUGUCCAAUCCGCAAACCAAAGCUCUCUACGACAGAGACUUGGCCGUCGGCGCCGCUUUUCCGAAUUCUUGGAGGAAACAUCAGGGAAUGGAGUGGAGAAGCAGCUGGCAGUCUCAAUUGGACGAACUGCAGCGACGCGAUUGUAGGGAGAGGCAUUGACGUAGCCAGAGGGGGGCAGUGGGGGCACUGGGCCCCCCUGGAAAUUUCAAAAAACACUAAGGGUAUUUUAGUAAUUUUAUAUUUAAUAGUAUUAAAUAAAUACAUAAAUAUUCUUAUUUUUAGUAAUAAUCCCAAUUUUUCUGUACGUGUAGGAGAUAAGCUAUUGAACGAUUGUAAAACUAGUGUUUUAAGGGUGCGUUUACUUUGGUUGAAAAAAUUUUUAUUAAAAAAUGAUAGAUAAGAAAAUGUGAGAAAAUAUUUUUCUCCUUUUUUUA